AUGAUUAGAAAUGGAAUAAAACAACGUAAUUUGCAUGUUACUAAAUUUUUGAAAAAUAGUACUACAACUACAGCAAGAAAUAUAAUGUCGGGCGGAAAUUUUGAUACUUCUUCUGUUCAAUUCACAGUCCAAGAUACGGCAAGAAUAGUUACCUUAAACAGACCCCAAAAGUUAAAUGCCUUGGAUACUGAAAUGUGUGAUUCUAUCUACAACACUUUAAAUGAAUAUUCAAAGAGUAAAGCUACAAAUUUGGUUCUAGUGAAAUCUUCAAAUCAGCCAAGAUCUUUAUGUGCUGGGGGUGAUGUUGCUAAAUGUGCAUUGAAUAAUUUAAUUGGUAAAAAAAAAUAUUCUUAUGAUUUUUUUAAAAGUGAAUAUUCAAUGAAUUUUCAAAUGGCUACUUAUCCUAAACCAAUAGUUGUUUAUAUGGAUGGUAUCACUAUGGGUGGUGGUGUAGGUUUAUCCAUUCAUUCUCCAUUCCGUAUUGCUACAGAAAAUACAAAAUGGGCAAUGCCUGAAAUGGAUAUUGGUUUCUUCCCUGAUGUGGGCACUACUUUUGCAUUACCAAGAAUUAUCAAUAUUGCGAAUAAUAAAUCUCAAAUGGCAGCAUAUUUGUGUUUAACUGGCGAUGUUGUUACCGGCGCAGACGCUUUCGUACUGGGUCUGGCAUCUCACUAUAUUCCUCAUGAUAACUUAGAAGGGUUACAGAACAGGUUGUCUGAACUACAUCCAUUCGCUGGUGGUAGUAGCAACAAUGGGAAAUAUUUCGAUAUGGUCGAUGAAGCAAUUCAAGAGUUUUCCACAUCUUUACCAGAUUCUUAUAAAUUUGGUUUUACCGAUUGUCAAUUGGAUGUCAUUGAAAGAGCAUUCAAUAUUGAUGCUAAUGAAUCUGUUACUUCAAUUCUGAACUCUCUAGAUAGCUUCGCCGAUGCUAGUGAAGAACAUGCAAUGUUUGCUAAGCAAGUUAAAGAUAAAUUAUUGCAAAAAUCUAUGACAUCUCUACAAGUUGCCUUGAAAUUAUUGCAAGAAAAUUCAAAGGACAGUAUAGAAUCUGCUAUGAAGAGGGACUUAUAUACAGCUGCUAAUUUCUGUAACGAUACAGAAGUUGUUGAAUUUUCGCAAGCUGUCAAACACAAAUUAGUGGAUAAACAAAAGACUCCAUACAACUGGAAAAAAAGGGAAGAAUUAUCUGCACCUAAAGUUUUGUCAUUGCUUUCCCCAAAACCUUCUAUUCUUAUUGCGCUAAAUAAGAAUCAUGAUAGUGUAACUUGGAAAGAAUAUCCGUAUCAUCGUAAAUAUCAAUUGCCAAGAGAAGAAGACAUCACGAAUUACAUCACAGAACUUAAUACCGCAAAUGGUGGUGUUGGAAAUAUAACGAAAAAUGAAGUUAUCGAAUAUUUCACAACUAUCAAUGAAUCUACCAAAGGUAAGAUUGGGGUUGCUGAAAUUUGUAAACUAAUCAUUGCCAGGAACUAUACGUUCAAUAAAGCAGGAGGCUUACAAUCAAACAUUGCCGAAUCGGUAUCUGAUCAAUUAUUAUAA